AUGUCACUUCCAAAGCAUUACACCAACGCUACAUCUCCCUCCCUAUCCUCAUCUCCCAGGCAAUUCGUCCGCGACCCUUCGGGAUCACCAGCUUCCCGCCCUCAGACCAUCGACCGACCUACACAACCAACAGAACAUGACCAGCAAACCCAUCCAGAUCAAAUCGAGAACCUGCAAUAUGAGAAUGAUGGAGUUUUAGAUAUCCCAACGGGUCACCACCAACCCUUCCAGCCAUUCUUCACCUUGGUCGAGGACGCAAACACGGGGGAAUACCACCAUCCAACAGUCCACUACAUCUUCUCUGAUGACGACACGGAUAUUCUGACCGAGGCUGCUGUGCGUUCAUUAGAAUCAGAGCAGGACAGCUCUACCGGCGGAAAGAGGCCGACCCGGUCACGGCAAGGCGAAAGCGAAGACGGGUCAGGUUACAAUGAAGAAGACGAGCUUUCGGGGUUGAGGAAGGAUACUCUUUUACCACCUCCCAUCCCCGGGGUACGGGAUAGCUAUAUUAUCCUCGAUGUAGAACCUACCCCUAGGACAGAUAUGAAUCCGAAUAACGCCGGCGGCACCAAUUCCAUGUCGACCUCGCCUGCAACGCACCCGACAGCCAUCCCACACCAGCAAAACCAGCAACCGCAGCAACAAACGCCUCAGUUCACGGUGACCUCGGCCCACAGCCUCACACCCGCAUGGCAAGUCCUCAACACCGAGCUCGUCCCGGCCCCAACAUUUGAGAAUAACACAUCAGGCGAACAACCACUCAACGGAGGGUUGAUGCUCAAGAUUCAUGGCACACCCGGUCUACCACCAAGUACGGCUUCGAAAGAGAAGGAUAAAGAACGGGGAAGCCAGCGACUGGAAGACAUGAUGGACCAGUUUGCGAAGCGGAUGGGCGAGCUCAGGCAGGUGAUAGAAGCUGGGGAACAUAUG